UUUCACCUUUUAAGGGAGGUGCGAUUUGAUAGUCAACCGGUAGGGGGCCCGUUUUGCCUUACAGAAUAAGCGUGAUGCGCGUGCAUGAGCUGCUGCCAACCUUCAUGAUGAGAAGCACGACAUAGUCUGUAACCCGGAUCUCCGCCGUCCUAUUUGCUCCAGUCAUGGAAGACUAAUCAGAUCUCGACUCACCACCGCGGUGGGGGACACGGCUUGCCCUUCGCCGACGGAGCACACGCUGUUCUAGGUCGAAGAGGAUGCCAAUGGCCGGUGUUCGGGGCUUCAGACACGGGGACGCGGGUAUGGCGCGUCACCCCGUCCGCGCUGAUGGUGAAGGCAUGCGGCCGGUGGACACUCCGUAGUUUCCCCAUACCCUCGCCUCUCUUCUGACUACCUCUCAUCCUCCAUUUCCUGCAUUGUCCCCUAUUCCUCCACUCGUCAUGACGACCCCACUGGAGACGCUGCAGGAGGUCCGUCCUGACCUGGAGCUGAGCCCCAGGCUGCUUGAUGGAUGCGAGGGCUCGGCUGGCCGCUACAAGGUGGUUCCCUCUGUUGUCUGCUCCAUGUGCUGCCUCUUUGGCAUCAUUUACUGCUUCUUCGGUGAGUCUAACAUGAAGGGAAGCACACAAAGUGGUGCAGUAAGUAAUGUGUCCAUGAAGACUCCGGAUGUGAAGAUGUCUAAUGUUGAUCUAACGCAAUUCUCGGUCACCUUCCCCCCAGGGUAUCGUUGCUUCAAGGCUGUGAUGUUCCUGACAGGCCUGAUGUUUGGCUCCGUUGUCAUCUUCAUGCUCUGCUACAAGGAGCGCGUGCUGGACACCCAGCUGAGUGUGGAGGCCUCAGUGGGCAUCGGCCUGGGCAUCGGAACGCUCUGCGGCCUGGUCACCAUGCUGGUUCGCAGCGUGGGCCUCUUCAUGGUGGGUCUGCUGCUGGGCCUGCUGGUGGCGGUUGCCACAUUGGUGGGCAUGGAGGAGCUUUCCGACAGCCCCCCACGCUCCGUCUGGGUGCCUCUGGGCGUGCUGCUUGGCUUGGGCAUGCUUUUUGCCGUGCUCACGCUCCAGUGGCAGCGCAUCUUCACCACGCUGUCCACAGCUGUUUUCGGUGCGGCAGUCAUCACCGUAGCGCUGGACUACUUUGUGGAGCUCUUUGCGCUCGUUCUGUACAUGUAUGAGCGCAUGAAGGCAGUGCCCGGCAAGCCAGUUUGCUGGAUUACGUGGGUGGUGCUGGGGGUGUGGCCUGCGCUCACGCUGCUCGGUGUCGUGGUCCAGUGGAAGGUGACUGCCGAGGGCUACUCGCAUACCAAGGUCAUCAUCAGUCGUCAGCAGAGGAGGAUGCAGGUGAUGCGGAUUCGUCAAAGGGAUGACCGUUACCGUCACAAGAAGAAGAAGAAGAAGCCUCAGGGCUCGUCCUCCAAUCAACACCAAGCCAAGCAACUUCACCAGGAACCCGCCUACCGCCGCAAGCCAAACCCGAUACGCCGCUACGACACCGACGUCCUCUCACCGAGUUACAUUCAGAGUUUCCGAGAUCGGCAGGUGCAGGCGCAGCCUUUCCCGAGACACUUCCUCGGUGGACCACAUUCUGCUGUGGAUUUGGGCUACGACUGCGGCUCGACAGCACCCCUCACCACUGCUGCAGGACCUUCACUACGAACCUAAUCUGUCACCUUGACCUGUGCUCGUUGUACUCAUGCUGGACUUUAUGUAGAGUGGAUGGAAAACACAUUUACUCAUGACUUCCUCUCACUGCACGUGCACGCACACACACCUACACACAUGCACCCAGCAACAGCUCCUAUCUGAGGGUUGACUCGUGUUUCAGCACCUCAGACUGGAUCAGGGAUCCCAAUGCCGACCCAUCUCAGGCACCAGCAUCAUCUUCAGUGGUGAUCCUCAGCCUGCAGGCCCUUCUCUGUGCCAUCUCGACUCCAUUUGCCACCUUUUAAAUGGGCCUUGUCCCGCUUGGUGCUGGACCGUAAUGUCUUCAAGUGGAUUUUGCUGUAACGGGUGCCUUGCCCUUCCUGUGACGGGAGGGGUGUUACUGGCAGAUCUCUCACACGUCGCCAGUGUUUGGGUGCUCACAGGAGAGCUACAGGGUCACAUUCAGGGGUUGGCUCACUGUCUUCACCACGCCUGAACAUGUGAAGAGCCACCUGCACGAAAGCCAUAUGUAUAGUGGCACCCUGCCUCACACAACUCUCCUCACACAGGGGCUGGAAACCUCCCAAAAUUCCCCAAAGAUCAUCUCUACCGGACUCUAGUAAGCACUUGACACACUGGGUAUGAGGCGCUACACUGUCACACUGUUCCCACGUCCAGUUGUGGCGUUCCUGAAGCGGAUCAGAAGACAAGGCUGUUAAGAUCUUAUUUACGGCGAUUAUGUAAAAAUGUGAAAGUCUAGAUCUUUUUAUCGCAAAGAGAGAAUGUACAAUAUGUUUGCAUGAGCUCACCCCAAAUGGUGGCUUCCUUUAGGCUUCAGAAAUCCCUUUUACGUGCACCCAAGUCAACUUUGUACAGAAGAUCUUCUUUUUUUCCUUCAACACCUUCCUUUGAUAGGAAUUUCUAAGGUAACAGGUUGUUUUCCAUUUGAUGUAGUUCAUUAAAGCAUGCCUUCCUGUGGGCUACUGUACUGUCA